AUGCCUAUGGAUCUACCACCUGGGACCGUGGGAAAUCUCACACCAGAGCAGGAAGCCAAGCUACAAGAGCUUUGGGUCCUGCUGCUGAAGGUCUGCGGUGUCAAUCUGGAUGCUGUUGAGCUGGUCCAAAAGCAGAACGGCGACGCUGCUGCUGCGGCGGCAAGCCAGCCCCAAGAUAAGAAGAAGCAGUCUAAACGGAGUCGGUUCGGUCUUUUCGGGCGGAGCAACACGGAUGAGGAGGAAGAUAGCGCUAGCGACAAGGGAACCAACGGGAUCGCUUCGAGUCUCGCUUCUAUCAGCAUCGCCGACGGAGAUGACAAGUAUGGACAGUCAAAAGAGUUCCAGCAGGCUCUUGUGGAUAUGAAGCCUGAGGAGAUUCGGGUGACUCUUUGGAAUAUGGUUAAGCAUGACAACCCCGAUUCUCUGCUCUUGCGAUUCCUGCGCGCGCGAAAGUGGGACGUCAAAAAUGCUCUGGUCAUGUUGAUCUCUACGCUUCGCUGGAGACUGCUGGACGUUAAGUUGGAUGAGGAUAUUAUGAAGAAUGGCGAGCAAAGUGCCCUGAAGAAAUCUCAGAGUUCUGAUCCCGCUGAGAAGAAGGCCGGUGAAGACUUUUUGUUGCAGAUGCGCAUGGGUAAAAGUUUCCUCCACGGUGUGGACAAGCUUGGCCGUCCGAUCUGCGUCGUGAGAGUGCGCUUGCACAAGGCCGCCGACCAGGAGACAGAAGCCUUGGACCGGUUCACGGUGUACACUAUUGAGACCGCUCGAAUGAUGCUUGCGCCUCCAGUUGAAACAGCUUGUGUUGUCUUCGACAUGACCGACUUCUCCUUAGCAAACAUGGAUUAUCAUCCGGUGAAGUAUAUGAUCAAGUGCUUUGAAGCCAAUUACCCAGAGUGUCUGGGAGUUGUCUUGAUUCACAAAGCUCCUUGGAUCUUCUCAGGUAUCUGGAAUAUCAUCAAGGGCUGGCUCGACCCUGUCGUCGCCUCUAAGAUCCAGUUCACCAAGAAUGUCCAAGAUCUGGAGAAGUUCAUUCCCAAAGAUCGCAUUAUGAAAGAGCUUGAGGGUGACGAGAACUGGGCCUACAAGUAUGUCGAGCCCCAGCCCGAUGAGAACAAGCCUCAGGAGGACAGUGCCAAGCGCGACGAAUUGCUGGCCGAGAGACAGCAGCUGGCGCAGGAGCUUCAAGGCGCCACCAUCGACUGGAUCUCUUCGACAAUGAAAAAGGACGAGAGCGCCCUCAAGGCGGCGGUAGACAGGAGAAAGGACCUGAUCGAACGCUUAAGGGUCCAGUACUGGCAGCUUGACCCAUACGUUCGAGCCACUUCCUUGUAUGAUAGACUAGAUGUCAUCCAAGGUGAGGGUAAGAUCGAGUUCUAUCCCACGAAGAGCAAGGUUGAGGGAAACGCACUUAACGGCGAGAAGGCCGAGUGA